GGCGCCCGUGGGUCAUGACUCGCAGCUGCUCCGCUCUGGGCUGCAGUGCGCGGGACAACGGGUGGAGCCGGGAGCGGGGCAUCUCCUUCCACCAGUUUCCCAUUGAUGCCAUACAGCGUAAUAAAUGGAUCCAUGCUGUUAAUCGAGCAGACCCUAAAAGCAAAAAGGUUUGGAUUCCAGGGCCUGGAGCCAUCUUGUGUUCCAAACAUUUUACAGAAACAGACUUUGAAUCAUAUGGCAUGAGAAGAAAAUUACGGAAAGGAACUGUGCCUUCUCUUUUUCAAUACAAGGAAUCUCCGAGUACACGCCCUAGAAACAGAACAUCUAAGAAAGCAUUAAAGCAGCCACUGUUAACCCAUAUCCCUGAUAAGGAGGCCAUUACCGAAGACCACAACUACAGUUUAAAGGGUGUGACAGCUGCUGAGCAACAGACAGAGACAAAAGAAAUAUUACAGUCACCCACAAGAAAAUGCCUUGCAACACAAAGGGGCCUCCCACACCAAAAAGGAAAUGUAAUCAAUGUCAUCAAUGAGCUGGCAGAGAAGCAGCUGCUGUCUGAAGAAGCUGCAAAUUUGCUGAAAGCACAAUUUUCAGAUUUGCCAUGGGGAUUGCCUGGCUGGAGACAGAUGGCAAAAUACUCCGCAGAAAUGCGGCAGUUCGCCUGCACACUCCACAUCUACAGCAGUAAAGCCUACGAUUAUCUAAGAAAGAUUUUUCCCUUGCCUCAUCCUUCCAGUUUAACAACUUGGUUGUCUAGUGAUGAUGCUAAUCCAGGCUUCAGCAAUAGCAUCUUUUCUUGCCUGCAGCAAAAAGUGGAGAAGGGUGAACAGGCCUAUCAAUACUGUUCCCUGCUAGUAGAUGGUUUGGCUCUUAGGAAACAGUUGGAUUGGGACCCCAGGAUUCAACAUUUGACUGGGUUUAUGGAUCUGGGGGUAGGAGUACUAGAUGCUGAUGAAGCACCGCAGGCCUCUGAAGCUAUAGUCUUAAUGGCAGUAGGGGUUCUUGGUCGCUGGACAGCUCCUUUGGGUUAUUUCUUUGUAAAUGGAGCCACUGGCCAUAUGCUAGCUCAACUGCUGCAUCAGGCUAUCAACAAGCUGAGCAAUAUCGGUAUUGUGGUUCUCUCUGUGACUUCUGCUGCCAGUGCUCAUGGCAUGGAGACAGCAAAGGCACUGGGUGUGCGCAUGGAUGUUGACAAUAUGCAGUGCACUUUUCAGCACCCUCACAGCUCCACUCAUCAGAUCGCCUACUUCUUUGACACUUGCCACCUGCUGCAGCUAAUAAGGAAUGCAUUUCAGUGCUUUCACAGGAUAGAGCACACCUGUGAAACAGCCCACUGGCAGCAUAUAGUGGACCUAGCGGCUCUGCAGGAGAAGAGAUUAUUACGCACCAGCAGCAGCUGCUUGUUGGGCUCACUCACAAACAGGGAGAGCUGUUACUUGAAAGUGAACUAUGCUGCACAGCUGUUCAGUGAUGGUGUUGCGAGCGCACUGCAGUGGCUCCAGCUGUCUGGCCUGUCUUCAUUUCAGAAUUGUAAAGGUACCAUCAGACUUGUGCGCUUGGUGAGCAGUCUCUCUGACAUUUUUCAUGUCAGAAGCCCUUAUGGGAAAGGAUUGAAAGGGCCUUUGUCACCCAAAAAUUAUGCCAAGAUCAAUUGCCUCUUAACUGAGGCCAAGAGCAUCUUUGUCACAUUAACUGAUGCUACAGGGAGAUGUGUUCUGAAAAGCAAACGGAAAUUAGGAUUUCUGGGCUUCCUGCUUAAUGCUGAAAGCUUAAAAUGGCUUUAUGUCAACUACAUAUUGCCAGAGAGCACAGCAUUCUGCUACCUCCUAACUCAUGCAUUCAGCCUAGACCACCUGGAACAGUUCCUUGGGACUCUCAAGCAAGCAUGUGCAGGUAGCAAUAAUCCUACAUGCACCAUGUUCCAGGCUGCUUAUUGUCAGCUGCUGACCAGUGAUAGUUUGAUGCGAGGAUCCCAGGAGAAUAACUUAGUAGGUGAUACAAGCACUUUAGAUGCUUCUCUUCUUCGCAGGAAAAACUUAACACUUCACAAGACAUUUUCUCAAUUGAAUCUGGGUGGGACAGAGAGUACAUCAAUGGAUUACAUGUACUCUGCUGGCCUUGUUUCCUUGUAUUCCCCACUGAGCAAUGUGUUGAUAGAUCUGUCGCUGUAUGAAGAAAGCAUCACUGGCACUGCUGGCUUUGUCGCUGAGAAGUUAGCCGCUCUUAAAAAAUGCGAAGCUUGCUUUGCUUCUCUUUUUGAGUUGGAUCAUGAAAUCCUAAACUGCGGUUCUCUGUUAUGCAUAAAAAAGAUGGGUGGCUUGAGUUUGCCUUCAGAGAGUAUGCGUCAGAUUGUCAGUACUGCUGAGCAAGUCCUGAGGACACAUGUGAGAAUGGUAGAAUCUAGCUUAAACCCAAAACAAAGGGAUUUGUAUCUAGAACAGAAAAUUUUACAUGAGCUUUCAGGACACACUCCCUUCUUCCCCAGCUUAACUGAUCAUCUGUGGGAUGGGGAAUUGCAUGUUGUCAAUCACUACACAGUCCUGUUAAGGGAAAUAGUACAAUGUUAUUUACAUAUCAAAGCUGAACUUGCAAAAACAUGGGGUUUGGAAUACUGUUCUGGAAGGCAUGGAUUGAAGAGAUUGCCUAAGAGAGUUUCAUGUUCAUCCUCAUUAAAGACUUAUAAAUCUAUUCAAAUCUUACCUGUGCCAUAAUGACUCAUUCAUUUGUUACAUGUUAACAGAUCUCCCCUUGAGUAAUGUUUAGAUAAGGUGCUCUGUACAGUUCAGCUAUCAGAGAACUGAGAUGGUGCUUUCCAUUCAAUAUCUCAGUAGAAUUGUCUCUGGAUGGUUAAUAAAGGGAGUCCAACAAGGACAGGCAAUCUUGUGUUAGAAAUGGAAAGCAGUUUGAUUUUUAUCCUGCGUUCCCAUUUAAAAGUACUGCAAAGCUACUGCGAAAUACAGAAGAUGGCAGGCCUUGAUUUUGUUGGCAAUUGGAAAUGCACAUUGAGCUGCAGUUAGUUGCUACCACUCCCCUCUACUGCCAGCUUCUUGGGCCCAGGGGGAUGACAUCAUCCUGUGGUCAGAGGGGGUUGAACACCCCUGAUAUAAAUCACUCUAUGCUUGCCUCAGGCAGUGGUCAGUGAACAAGUUCCCUUUAGUUACUUUAAUAACACAUAUGAGAAGAGAUCUUGAUUUUAGGUACCUCAGUAGGAAUAAGAGAACUUUGUGGUGAGCAGUAAAACUAAAUGGGAAAGGACUGGGGGCAGAAAAGCUGUCAUGGAGCUAGACAUGGGUAGAGUGAGUGCUUUUACAUGUUUGUCUGUGUAAAUCUAUAUCAUCCUAUACAGAAAGUGGGAAGUCACUUGGUUAAUAGUUACAGGUGUGUUUGACCCUGCCACGCAGAGCUUGCAGUAUGAAGACAGGUACAGCAGAAAACCUACUGGAAAGUAAUACUUGAGAAAUUUUUGCUUUAUAGUUCCCCCCAGCCCUAAAAAGUGCAUUGAAGGUAGUGCAGAUGGUUUGACAGCCAGGGUCCCGAUUUGCAGAUUUCAUGAAAGAUGCAAAGGAAAGGGUGAGCUGGAAGAUUGGUCUGCACAGAAGGGGAGCAGAAGAUUAAAUGGAGGGAAUGUUGGACAAAGAAGGGACAAGAUAAGAUCAUAGGUGCACUAUCAGCUGACUCUGCAAGAUGGUGAAAGGCAAUUGAGUACCUAAGGUGGAGUAGCUCAUUUGGAAGAAGCUAUGCACAGUAACCGGGACUUGAGAAAGCAGUGUAUAGGCUAUCAUAUGCAUGCAAUGCCAUGUAUAACAGCCUCCUGCCCUGGAUGAGAUACUUCAGUUGGUUUACCUGUGUACUAAAGUAACCUUGGACAGCAAAUGUUAUCAAAUACACAAAAUAAUAAAAAGCACCUUACUUUUU